AUGUUCAGUAUCAAGCUGCUAAGUACUGGCUUGGCACCUGCAAGCACCCAGUUUAUACGAAAUGUUGCACAAAUAACAUCCAUCCAUGCCAUCACAUCACUAAAGACAACUCCCCCUUCCAAGAAUCAUUCAGUGGAAGAAGGAAAUAAACGUAAACAGUUACUAGAAAGACCGGGUCUUUUCGGUAUAAAACAAGGGAUGAUAACUUGGUUUACUUCAAAAGGAGAACAAAUACCGGCAACUGUUUUGGAGAUCGAUUCCGUUGAAGUCAUUGGUCACAAAACAAGAGACGAAGUUGGAUAUGACGCCAACAUCAUUGGCACAAUUGAUAAAUUAAAAAACUACCCAAGAUUGAGUGAGUUGAAAAUGUUUGAAGAAGCAGGCACGUCGCCCAAAUACAAGUUUGGAGAGUUUAGAGUUCGAGAUUCGUCGAGCUUGAUUCCAUUGGGAACUGAACUUAAAGCUGAUUACUUUGCUGUCGGGCAGUUAGUUGAUGUCAAGGGGAUAACAAAGGGUAAAGGAUUUGCUGGUGUGAUGAAGCGUUGGAACUUCAAAGGUGGUAGAGCAACACACGGUGUUUCAAAGGCACAUAGAACCCCUGGUGCAAUGGGUGGUAACCAAAACCCAGGUAGAGUUUUGCCCGGAAAGAAGAUGCCAGGAAGAAUGGGAUGCUCCAACAUGACUGAUUUCAAUAAGGAAGUAUUGCAUGUUGAUGGCGAUGCAGGCAUAUUGAUUUUAAAGGGAUGUAUUCCAGGACCAAAUAAAGGUAUCGUUAGGAUCUCGGAUGCGAUAAAGUUGUAUGGUAAAUCAUUGAACCAACUUGCGAGGGAGUAG